CCUUACAACACAGCACAAACGCCGGAGUCAUGGUGGAUAAAAGACGGUCUGAAAUGUUGCUGCUCGGGUCGUGUCUGCUAGUGUGUCUUCUGAACUCCGUGUCCUCGCAGCCAUGUCCUGACGGAUGGAGGAGAAACCAGCAGUCCUGCUACCUGUUAGUGGACACUCCAAAGACAUGGCGAGACGCGAGGGACGAGUGUCAUCUUCUCCAGGCAGACCUGGCUAGUCUGACUACUACAGCCGAACAGACAUGGGUGGGGACGCAGGUAGGCGCCACCUACUGGUUUGGUCUGUCCGACAUCGUGGCUGAAGACGGCUGGCAGUGGGCGGACGGGACGGACUAUGACCCUUCAGUCACGAACUGGGGCCCAAAUGAGCCAAAUAACCAAAACGGGGAGGACUGUGCCGAGAUUUUAUCAGAUGGACGGUGGAAUGACCAGGCGUGCACAGACAUGCAGGGUUACAUCUGUGAGAGACGCACGGGGCUGGCAACAACUUGCAGAGCGGGGUGGCAGCUUCGCAACGGACGAUGCUAUUUCUUCAGUAACAACCAAGCGAAGCUAAGUUGGUUGGACGCACAGAAGGAGUGUGAGAGAAGGAACGCCAACCUGGUCUCCAUCACUAACCUGGACGAACAGGCCUACGUCGCAGAGAAGUCUCUGUCCGUCAGUCCAGACGGCAUUUGGAUCGGGCUGUCAAAUGUCAACUCACCCGCACCAAACCAGCCCCAGUGGAGCAAUGGAAUGGACAACUUCACCUACGAUCGCUUUACGACAGGCGGACAACCAAAUUGGCAGUGGCCGGGAGCGACCUGUGUGUUGUCCCUGAACGGUGGCGGUGGAGGAAGGUGGGAGACCAGGCGGUGUGGGCUGGAGAACAGAUACAUCUGUGAGAAAGGAACUGCAGGAUCUUGCCCGGCUGGUUGGCGCAACUUCCAAAACAAGUGCUACCAGUUCAGUGUGACAAACGUGGGACCUUGGAUAGAGGCCAGAGAUGACUGCGAGCUACACGGAGCCAGACUGGCCACCAUUCAUAACCAAGAUCAGCAAAAUUUCAUCAAUUCCAUGUUCCCGUCGUUACAAGCAGCUGGAGUGACAGACCUUUGGAUAGGCCUAUCUGACACGGGUGACGACGGAGUGUGGCAUUGGGAAGAUGGAGUUCGCUACACGAACACCUUUCAAAACUGGUUCCCAAACAAUCCUGGGCCAAACACCGUCAACAGAGAGGACUGUGCUCGAGUCUAUACUGGGUCACCCACCGGCCAAUGGGAGGCUGUGGACUGUUGGAACAUACACGGAUACGUUUGUCAAAUUCCUGAAGGAACGUCUUUAUUGUCUGGAGACUGCUACACACCGCUCGGUAUGGAAGACAGGUUCAUACCGGACGGGCAGAUAUCAGCAUCGACGGAACUUGAUCCUCAGCACGCUGCCAAAUACGGUCGACUGGGCAUUUACGACGCAAGUAUCGUCGGCGCCGCCUGGUGUCCAACCAGCACAGACUCUGCUCCUUGGAUAGAAGUAGACCUAGGCCUACCCGGCUUUCGCAUAUCAGGCAUUGAGACGCAGGGUGCCAGAACAAACAAGUGGGUGGUGAGCUACAAAUUAGCCUUCAGGGACAGCCCGACCAAUGAAUGGGUCAAUUACACUGACAUCAACCAUAGGAACGGGAUUUUCCCCGCCAACAACGACGAGGACACGCGCGUGAGGAACAUUCUACAGGAACCCCACGUGACCCGCUUCACCAGGGUGUACCCGGUAGACUGGGCCCCAGCAGGCGCCGCUAUGCGACUGGAGCUGCUGGGAUGUGACACAAAACCAGCGACAACGUACUGUGAUGACGGCUGGGUCAUCUGGGAAAACUACUGCUACCUGUUCAGAACACAAGAGUUGACCUGGCAACAGGCGGAAAACCGCUGCUCUCAAGUAGGAGCACAUCUAGCUUCAGUCAGAACCGGCCAGGAGAACGAGUUCAUUCGCUCCCACAGUGCUGCUCGGAAAAUCUGGAUCGGUUUGAACGACAAGGGAACUGAAGGCACCUGGCGAUGGACGGAUAGCACCGGAGUGGGCUACCUAAAUUGGCUACCUAAUCAACCAGACGACGCUGGAAACUCGGAGGACUGUGUGGAGAUGCACACCAACGGGCGCUGGAACGACAACAGGUGCAACAACAAUAAUGUCAAACAAGAUUCCGUCUGCAAGAAAGCCCCCAACAAUGGGUCGCCGCCACCUCCAAGGACAACCGUGGGCUGGACCAGUCACGUGUGUCCACCAGAUUGGGAAGACAAUCCUCUAAACGACUUCUGCUACCAGUUCCACACCGGGUCCUUCCGAACGUGGCACGACGCCAGGGCAGUAUGCCAAGCAAACGGUGGCGAUCUGGUCAGCAUCAACACACCUUCUGAAAGUGCAUAUAUCACAGGAAGAGUUUCCCUUGUCACCAACAUGGCCACCAUGUGGAUAGGUGCUCAUGACCAGACGACAGAGGGAGGCUGGAGUUGGGUCGACGGGAGUCCUUUUACCUUUCUCAACUGGGGAGGUGGGGAGCCUAACAAUGCUGGAAACGGUGGCGAGGACUGUACGGAGAUCGCCGUGACCAAUGGCAACUGGAAUGACCUGAACUGUGACAAUCUUAGAGGGUACAUCUGCAAAAUGAGAGCAAAUGUACCAACUCCAACUCCCGUCCCCGACCAGCCAGAUGAGCAUAUUCUCCACAUAUGCGAGCGUAACAGUGACAGCAUCAGCUGUCAAGGAGACGAAGUUAUUCAGAUAGUGUCAGCCAACUAUGGCAGGACUGACCCCAACGUCUGCUCCAACAACCCCGUAUCUGUAGUAGACUGCCUCAGCUCAACAGCAUUUCAGACUGUUCAAAGCAUAUGCGACAACCAACAGUCUUGUACGCUAGACGCCACCAACGCUGUGUUUGGAGACCCGUGUAGUGGAACCUAUAAGUACUUAGAAGUCCUUUACAGGUGUACUCUAAGCGUGUGUCUUGUUCCCAUGGGGAUGGAGGCUGGUAACAUUGCUGACUACCAGCUGUCUGCCUCAAGUAACAACCAGUACGCUGGAAGGGCUCGUCUGAAUUACAUAUCCAGUGAUAAUAACCCUGGCGGCUGGGUGCCUCUGUCGGGAGACGGGCAGCCUUGGGUACAGGUCGACUUUAGGGCAACCAAAAAGGUCACUGGUGUGAUCACACAGGGGAGACAAGAUGCAGACCAAUGGGUGAAGACGUUCAUGGUGCAGUUCAGUGAUGACGGCAUAUCCUACAGGACCUAUAAGGGCAUUGAUGGCAACGACAAGAUUUUCACAGCUAACACAGACAGAUCAUCCAGCGUAUCGAACAAUCUCGCCAAUGCCAACUCCAUCCUUACACGGUUCUUUCGGAUAGCACCCAUAGACUACCAGGGGGCGGCAGGCUUACGGUUUGAAGUUCUGGGUUGCGACCCAGCAAACAUUGCAACCUGUUUAUCUUCGGGAAAAGACCUUGCGGCAUCCAUCGGGGAGCAGUAUUACACGGUUCAUUGCCCACCUGGCUGUGCAUCCCAAAGCUACUUCGUCUGGGGAACAGGAACGUAUACUGAUGAUUCUUUUGUCUGUGCCUCGGCCAUUCACGAUGGAAAGAUCACUGAUGCCAACGGUGGGGAAGUGACAGUGCUGAUGCAGGGCGGAGAGACUGUCUAUGUGGGCAGCAGUAUGAACGGCGUCACUUCACAAAACUUUGGAGCCGACGACGCUUCGUUUACUUUCAACAUGAACGGUCUGAGAUGCCCUACUGGUUGGACGUCCUUUGGAGACAACUGCUACAGACUGUACGACGGCGGGGCUGACGACGUGAAGAGUUGGCGACGCGCCAGCCAGAGUUGUGGGCUGCAGGGAGCCGAGUUGGCUUCCAUCGCCAACCAAGCUGAACAAAACUUUGUCUACAGUCUUAUUCAACCAGCGUCAAUGAACAAUGUCUGGCUGGGUCUGAACGACAGAGACGUGCAGAUGUUUUUCCAGUGGUCUGACGGUACACCCGUAACCUACACAUUGUGGAACGACAAUGAACCGAACAACUAUCAAGGAAGAGACGAAGACUGUGUCAACAUGUACAAAACUAAUGGGUUUUGGAAUGACGCCCAGUGUGAUAGUCACUACCCGUAUGUUUGUGAGAUACCGAAGCAGUCACUACCAGAACCGACUGUGCUGCCUACAGUGGCAGGGUGCGAACAGGGAUGGCUGGGGUACGAAAACAGCUGCUACCUCUUCAACAACAACCCUGCUGCGUUCCAAGACGCACGGCAAUCCUGCCGAACCUUCGGCGCUGACCUAGUGGCUGUUACCGACAGAUUUGAACAGGCAUUCCUUUCUGCUCAACUGGGAAACCGCGACGGGAACUACUGGACAGGUCUGAGGGGCAGCCGGGACGACGACACUGGAGUUGUGGUUUACCAGUGGAGAAAUGGAGAACCACUGAGCUUCACAAACUGGGACCGCCUCCAGCCGAGUUUCAAUUGGGGUGCUUGUGUCAGUAUGACCGCUGGACUACGCGGUGGAUUGUGGGACGACAACAGGUGCGUGGAGACGUUCCCGUAUAUUUGCGAGAAGCUGCGGAGCGGGUACACCCCUCCUCCUGGUGUAACUCACGCAUCCACCGCCAGGUGUCCAAAUGGAUGGCUGACACAAACUGGAGUUAACUACUGUUAUCAGAUUAACCAGGUUGACGAGCCGUACCGGAAGACGUGGGAAGACGCGCGUGCGCACUGCCAGUCUCAGGGUGCUGAUCUGGUCAGCCUUCACAGAGAUGCGGAAAUGGCGCUGCUCAGUAACCAAAUCAAUUCAGCUUGGAUGGCUUUCUGGAUUGGACUGAAUGACAAGGAUGACGAGGGGGGUUUUAAAUGGUCCGAUGGGAGAGCGGUGGGGUACACAGAGUGGAAUGACGGCGAACCUAACAACGCUGGCGACAACGAGCACUGUGUGGAAAUCGUGGUGGCCGGAUCGGAUAGCUUUUGGAACGACCUGUCCUGUACCUCCUACAGAAACUGGAUCUGCAUGGUUUCCAGAGGUGACUCAGUCGUCAUCCCCACGACACCUCCAUCCGUCCCAGAAAACGCGCCACUCUGUUCCGGAACAACUGACUGGAAACUUUACAGCGGCCACUGCUACUAUAUCAGUGACUCCAAUCUUCUGUCUUGGCAAGAAUCACGUGCCUACUGUCAAUCAAACGGUGGAGACCUUGUUUCUAUCAACGACAUGCAAGAGAGUCGGUUUCUGAUUGGCCAAACGUACGGCUCCCUCGCUACUCAUCUGUGGAUAGGAUUGAGAGAGUAUGGCGUUGAUAGCGUCUACACUUGGUCUGACGGCUCUGCGUACGCCUACCUCAACUGGCUGGUCAACGAACCUAACAAUGCCGGCGGAGCAGAACAGUGUGCAGAAUUCUAUCCAAAUAACGGACGUUGGAAUGAUGCCAACUGUGGUACUAGCAAUGGCUUCAUCUGCGAGCGUCCUCUCAACCCUCUUCAGCCACCGCAGCCGACACAACCGCUACCCGGUGGCUGUCCGGUCGGAUGGAAUAGCUACAGAAACAAGUGCUACAGAUUCUAUCUCUCUGAUGACACGGAGAAGACAUGGAGAGAUGCCAGGGACUUCUGCAGGGGCCUGGGAAGUAACGAGAAUUACAACCUGGUGGCCAUAGAGAAUGAGUAUGAACAAGCUUUCGUUAUAAGCCAGCUCAAAGGUAUUAGAAGAACCGUUUGGAUCGGACUCUUUGACAACAUCGACGAAAAUCAAUUCUAUUGGACGAGCGGCCACCCGGUCACCUUCACCAACUGGAACGACGGAGAGCCUAACAACUGGAACAGCCAGGACGAGGACUGUGUGGACAUGUAUUCAGACCAGGCUAGGGCAGGCUUGUGGAACGACGCUCCUUGUGACCACCUUAGACUGUUUAUUUGCCAAAGUUACAAAGAUCCUAGCCUCCCUGUGCAGCCUGCUACUUCCACAUGCCCCAGUGGUUUUGUGGCGUGGAGAGACAGCUGCUACAAGCUGACACAAACAUCCCAGCCGUGGGCUCAGGCCGAUGACGCCUGCAGCAGAGAGGGUGCGGGAGCCCAGGUCGUCAGCAUCUACGACAUCUACGAGCAGAGUUUCAUCAAGUCACAAUUUGUGCAGCAGCAAGCCUGGAUCGGCCUGUCUGAUCAGCAGAUCGCUGGAGAAUACCGGUGGUCAAGCGGCUGGCCUGUCCACUUCACUGCAUGGGGUUUUAACGAGCCGAGCCGGGCGGAUGGCGAGGGGUGUGUCGCCAUGUCAAGGAACGGCACCUGGGACGACACGGACUGCUCACUUCAGCUGCCGGCGCUGUGUGAAAUCACCUCAGCCACGCCCCCUCCAACAGCUCCGCCCAUGUUUGGCCGCUGUCCAGAUGACACCUGGCUAGCGAUUGGGUCUUAUUGCUUCUAUGUGGAGUAUGGACUGGCCAACACUGAUCAGACCAGGAAAACCUGGUACGAAGCUGAGUUCGAGUGCGUCUCGCGAGGAGCCCAUCUGGCAAGUCUCCACAGCAGUGAGGAACGAAACGCAAUCAUCAGCAGACAGGGGUCCCCGCUAUGGAUAGGAAUGUUUAGGGAUACAAGUGGGUCACUGGGAUGGUACGACGGCGACCCUGUGGAUUUCACCUCGUGGGGAGAUGGCGAGCCAAAUAAUCCUUCCAGUGGGCAGUGCGUCAUGAUGGACAAUGAUGGGACCUGGAACGACGUUAUUUGUACACGGAGGAAUGGCUACGUUUGUAAAAGAGACAAAAUUGCCUACAGCGCUAUUACUAGCAACAGCAUCAACCCCGGAUCAGUACCAACUGUUCAGUACUGUCAGACAACAGCGGAGAUACUGUUCAGAGGGAACUGUUACCGGUUCCAUGAUGAGCAGCCAGAGGACUGGGCGGGAGCACGGAGCAUCUGUCUCUUGUUCGGUGGCGACUUGACUUCCAUCAACAGCGGGGCAGAGACAGAAUUCUUACUAACACAGGUUGCCAAUUUAAGAGUUGACAACUUCUGGAUUGGCCUGCGAGAGUACAACUUUGAUGGCCUGUACCAGUGGAGCGAUGGUUCGGCUUAUUUCUUCCACAACUGGAAAUCCGGGGAGCCAAACGACUACAUGGGCGCUGAGCAGUGCGUGGAGUUUCACAAAGGCGACGGUUAUUGGAAUGAUCUCAACUGUGGCGAUAAGCAGGGGUUCAUCUGCAAGCGACCUUACCACCAGCUGACCCCGCCCCCUCCCACAAGUCCCUGGGCCGGAGGAUGUCCAAACAACUGGCUGCCCUAUGGAAACAAGUGUUACUACGUCGUCAAUAACUACAACUUAAAAAGAAACUGGGAAGAGGCAAGAUCAUACUGCAAAUCGUUUGGACAAACUGACUUCGACGCGAACUUGGUGGCAAUUGAAAACGAAUACGAACAGGCAUUCAUAACAAGUCUUCUGACGGAAAGGCUUGGAAUGUGGAUUGGUCUGUUCGACUCUAUCAACGAGAACAAGUUCUUCUGGGCGAGUGGACACUCCGUGACCUACACCAACUGGAACGACAGGCAACCAAACGGCUUCAAUAACCAGCAGGGGGAUGAAAACUGUGUGAUGCUCCAUUGGGAGAGUGCCUUGGCAGGGAAAUGGAACGACGCAGAAUGCAGCAGGGAACUGGGCUUCAUCUGCCAGAAAUACAAAGAUCCACAGCUGCCUGCUACCACACCGACACCGUCCGUACAGUGCGCACCAGGCUACAGGAAUUAUGCCAAUAGCUGUUACAAGCUGAUAUCAAGUAGCCAGGACUGGGACUCCUCAGCUCAAAUUUGCCGGCAGGAUGCUACUGAACUAGCGAGUGUAACGAGUCCGUACGAACAGGGUUUCCUCACCUCGUGGCUCAAACAGAAGGUCUGGAUCGGCUUGUCUGAUCGCCAGACGGCCGGUCUCUACACUUGGUCGGACAGUUGGCCAAUUUACUACGACAACUGGGGCGAGGGGGAGCCUAGCAGGGGCGCUAAUGAAGGUUGUGUUGCAAUGGAAAUGAAUGGACUAUGGACGGACAGUGUUUGCUCGCAACAACUUCCAGCUGUGUGCAAGAAGACGUUUGACACACCUCCGCCAACACUUCCCCCUUCCCCCGGCUACUGUCUGGAUGGAUGGUUUGAGGUCGGAGACGCAUGCUUCUUCAUAGAGACCGGCACAAUUGCUACGAACAGGAGGUCAUUUGUAGAGGCCCAAGCAGAGUGCACGAACAAGAAAUCUGUAUUGACCAGCAUCCACAGUCAACACGUUAUCGAUGUCUUCAAGCAACACCACGGCUGGGGGGUGUGGAUAGGCAUGUACCUAAGAUCUGAUGGAACGGUGGCGUGGCUGGAUUCGACUCCAGUCGAUUUCUCCGCCUUUAGAGAGGGCGAGCCGGAUGGUGACGAUGGCUGCACGCAGAUGUUAAGUUCCGGCCUGUGGGAGCUGGCGGGCUGUCAGGUUAGGAAGGGGUACAUCUGCAGCAUGCCCAAACUGGCUGGUACCCGUCCUCCCUACAACCCGAAUAACCCGGUGGUCAUCUCCCCGGGACCCGGACAGGUCUCCGGCCAAACCGGCAACAAAUCGGGUGGUUUGGAUGCUGGGUCCGUCAUCGCCAUUCUCUUAGCGAUUGCGAUGGUCUGUAUCCUGGCCUUGGUGGGCGGAUGGUGCUACUUUAAACGGCAGGGCACAAAGACACUAUUGUCCUUCGGUGAGAAGUCUCCGGCGACCCUGAACACUGGCUUCGACAACGCUCUCUACGACGCUACCAGCGGCACAGUCACCAUGCCUGAAAGUCAGGCAUGACAACAGGAAACAUUGUGAAGACAAAUGUAGCUUUAUACCAUUCUCCUUUAGUUAUAAAGAAUUAACCUGCCGGGAGCAGAGAGACAACCAAGUCCAAACAAUCUCAAUAUUUGAAAUUCAUUGAUUUUCUUAUUUUAUCAAUUCUUAUUUCUUUACUAAGAACAAUUGUGCUUUUACUACUGACGCUCUACAUACCAUGAUAAUUGAUGGCAAGCUUUUAGAACCAAGGGAUAGUGCUUUUUAGGUAUACUUUUUUCACGUGUCAGCCACGUAAAGCUAAGGUCACAACCCCCCGUACGUGGUUUUGUCCGUUCGUCUUUUGGGAGGCCAUGUCCACCGAGUUUUUCUGAAAACGUACUAGGUAAGGCAAGCCACGCCUGGCCGUGAGCGGCUAAUGCUUACAACGUACGAUCUCUGUGCGAUUACCACGUUACCGUAUGCAGGCCGUACUUACACUUGCUGCUUACGAACGGUUUCGUUACUUACUCACUUGCUGUAAGUGUGCUGUAUAGGGCAUGCGAGUCGCCCAUACUAGCUCGUACGGGGGAGAAUCCGCAACCCAAACGUACACAGAUAAAGUUUUGUAUGCACUUAACAUGCUACGGCGUUUCUACGUUCUCAUAAAUCCAUUGAAUACCGUAGGAUGUCGUACGUAGGCGGUACUUAUUAUUUAUCAUAAGAUUCUUAACUUUCAAAUGAAAAUCAAAUCAAAUAAAUUGUGUCCGUUCACCUGAUGAUCUCCUGGAAACCUUUAUUGAGUUACAACAACAAAGUUUAACAACAUUUUGUCUUCUCUCAAAUCUGUCACUUAAUACAGCACGUAUUGAAACAAGAGUUCGGAGACUUCAUACCUGCAUAAAAUAUUCAGUUUAUCUAAAUUUUCUGUUUUAUCUCGUCUCAUUGAUUAUACAAAAAUUGCCGUAAUAAGCUUACAUAUUUUUUAAAUGAUGUUCUUCUCUACGAAAAUAGAAUACAUUGGACAUGUGAAAGUCAAUUCCUUUGGUAGAAUACCAUUUGAUAUAAUAUUCAAUAUGAAUUAAGCAAAUGGGUAUCAUAUUUACAUCUUAAUCUACUGAUGAGCGAUUUGAGGUUGCCCACAUUUUGCACGUGGACAGCACGCAGCUUCACGUACGGCGGGUUGUGACCAAGGCUUAAGCUUCACGUGCUCCUCGCGUAGAGAAAUAGAUUAGAGAACUGUAUUGCGCAACAACUGUAACACCUACAAUGCUUGGCAACUUGUGCUGUAUCCGAAUUAUUUUUCUGAUUCAUGUAUAUUCUGUUGUAAUUACUCGGCAUGAAAUGCCAUUUUUAUAAAACCCUUGAUAGCUUUUGUUAAACUAAUUGGUAAAACAGAUUGAGAUUGAAUACUUUUCUGUUGUAUACUUUAAGAGAUUACAUGUACCUAGAUAUAGCUGUGAUAUCACCAUUGUAAUAUCUGCCAUGUAGAGUAAUACUUCAUGCCAAAUAGAAAUGUUAACCAUUAUUCGCAAAGACUCACAAUGGAUCGGAAAUCUCAAGUGUCACUUAAAGUUUCAGUCGAUGAGUACACAGACAGUCACCUUCGUCUACUGAGGGCUACGUCGUAUCAAGAAUUCCCCUAAAUGCACGUUAUGAGUAGCUUUGUAUAUCGCAGAGUGGUCUUUGUGUAUCAACUUUGCAUUUUCUAACUUUUCUGUCGAGAACAAAUACAUACCAAUGAUAUCCCAAACAACACGUAUUCCUUUUAUUCUCUGACAAGUGCAAUGAUGUCGCUGCAGGAAGUAUCUUCAGUUCAAAACAUGCAAUGCAUCACUAUCUUUCGUCAGUGACACUGAAGCGAUCUGGAAAAAAACUGGUCUUUUAUACCCUUACUAUGA